ACUCUCCCUUCUUUAAUCUUUAAUCUUUCCUUCAACCCUCUGCCCCAACCCAAUCACAAGAUUUCUGUCAAAUCCCCUUAAAUUCGUAUUUUCUCUUCUUUCCUUUUCUCAGAAAACAUGUUUUUCUUUCCAGGUGCAACAAAAUUCGCCUUUGAAAUUCUCCUCCUCUAGUUCCACCCCCCCUUUCUUCCUGGAUUCUGACGACCGAUGACAAUUCUUUAUAACCCAUUUUUUCUCUUGUUUAUAACUUUCGUUUUCCUGUUUCUUUUCCGGGUUGUUUUGAUCAAGACCGGACUGAUUUUUACUGUCAAGAAAAAGUGGCGUCUUUUUGAAGAUUGCUUUCAUGUCUACCAGUUGUUCAAAGUCCCCAAAUUCAAUGAAAGCAUGCAAAGAAACCAACUUUAUCACAAAGUUUUUGUUUAUCUCAAUUCACUCACUUCCGUUGAAGAUUCCGAUUUCACCAAUCUCUUCACCGGCAAAAAACCAAAUGAAAUCCUUCUCCGCCUCGACCCCAGCCAAAUAAUCGAAGACGAUUUUCUGGGUGCCAAGAUUCUCUGGAUCAACGAAGAUAACAAUUUGGUGUUGAAGAUCCGAAAAGCCGAUAAACGAAGAGUUCUCCGGCCUUACCUUCAACAUAUCCACUCAAUUUCCGAUGAUUUAGAUGAGAAGAAACGAGACUUGAAGCUUUACAUGAACGUCGUUGGCCAUGGCGAUGAUCAAAAGGGACGGUGGAGAUGCGUUCCCUUCACGCAUCCUUCAACGUUUGAAACAAUAGCUAUGGAAUCUGACCUUAAAAACAAAGUCAAAUCCGAUCUCGAGUCCUUCCUCAAAGCCAAACAGUAUUACCAUAGGUUGGGUCGUGUUUGGAAACGAAGCUAUCUCCUUUACGGUCCUUCAGGUACUGGAAAAUCAAGCUUUAUCGCAGCUUUGGCUAAUUUCUUGAGUUACGAUGUUUACGACAUUGAUUUGUCCAAAGUUUCCGAUGACUCCGACCUUAAACUUCUCUUGUUACAAAGCUCGGCCAAAUCCGUGAUUGUCAUCGAGGAUCUUGACCGGUAUUUGUCGGAGAAAUCAACGGCCGUCAGUUUGUCGGGAAUUUUAAACUUUAUGGACGGGAUGUUAACCUCCAGCUGCGGCGAAGAAAGGGUCAUGGUCUUCACAAUGAACGGCAAGGAUCACGUCGACCAGGCGGUUCUCAGACCGGGAAGGAUUGAUGUUCAUAUACAUUUUCCCCUAUGCGAUUUCACGGCAUUUAAAACGCUGGCCAAUAGUUACCUGGGGCUCAAGGAUCAUAAGCUGUUUCCGCAAGUAGAGGAGAUUUUCCAAAACGGGUCGAGUUUAAGCCCGGCUGAGAUUGGGGAGUUAAUGAUCGCCAACCGGAAUUCGCCGAGCCGAGCUUUGAAAUCCGUCAUUCAUGCCUUGCAAACGGACGGCGAUGGGAGGGGGGCUUUGAAUAUCGGGCGGCGGUCGACCGAGAAUGGGCCGAGGAAAUUAUCAGGUGAAAUGGGUGAAGGGAGUGGGGUUUUUGGUAAGGAAGGAGCCAAUGCGGUGAAGGAGUUUAAGAAAUUGUACGGAUUGUUGAGGGUCAAAAGCAGUAGAAAAUCUCAAUCCUUCGAUCUUAACGGUGACCAAAAGGAAGGCGGAUGAUGAUGAUGAAUAGGAAGAACCUUUAGCUUUGUAGUUUUAUUGAUUUCUCUCUUUUUUUGUUAAAAACAAAAAAUCUGAAUAGCGGAAAUAGAAUUAGAUUCUGUUGAAUCGUGGUAAACUGCCCAUAUUGUUAUUUUUACAGCUUUUUGCAUUGAAAAACAUUUUCAAGUA